GCCAACAACUAUAAGACGUAUGGACGUCAACUACACAGUCAUGGCAAAAAAGUAACGCACUUAGAUUGCAUUGAAAAACAACAACAGUUAACUAAAUCCAACAAGUUUUAAUCAUUACCAGCUGCCUCGAAGGUAAGGAUGGCCGAGAAUUAUUCAUAACUUGUAUGUGAAAUACAGGAAAAUAAUUACUUAAAUCUUCGGAUUAAGAGUAUUUAAUAAAUUGCUCAACUCGAAUUAAGUCGAAUUCCCGUUUAAUUUUUCAAAGAGGUAACGUUACGUUAAGGAGAUUACUCGUAACAAAUUACAUAAAGCAAACUGAGUAUUUGUUUUCAAACGUCUCUCAGUUUAAGAACGUGUGAAAUUUAUGUUCUCCAUGCAGUGGACCUAAAUAGGUCAUCUAGGUGCCAGAGUCUAGGAUAUCGUCGAUUACGCACAUUGUCAUACAUUUACAAGAUUGGAAACAAGGGAUUUUUUAAUAACUACGUACGAGUCGAAAAUCAUUCUGCAUCAGGGAGAUCUGCAAUACAGACAUACCUUCGUACAACACCAGUCUGACUGUGUUCUGUUAAACAAAUAUUACUAAAUUUCACCGGGCCAGAUUCGGUGCUAGCGUCUGUAAGUGACGCGAUCGACCCUAACAAGUAAAUAGUUAGGUGAUGCCCAAGGGACACAGGUUGUAGAAGGUUCCGAAUCUCAGGAAAAAGAAGUUGGGGUAAAAGUUGUUCUGUUUCUUAAGUGCUCAAAAUUAUCUUGUUGAUCUUACAUAUAUUGUGAAGUGAACGUGCGAACUCUCUGUCUGGAGGACCUGCUUUUGCUCAAAGUUUUUUGAUGCAAUCACAUGGAUCAAGAGAAGAAAGUUCUGUGGUAUAUCUAAUGCGAAAAUGAAUUUCUCUAGUGAUUUGUCCAAUUCUCCAGAAUAUCAGAGUUUCCGAGCCACUGUUCCGUUGAAAAAACUUGCUGUAGACACUGAUGCUAGCAAGACCUGGAAAUUAUAUGACGCCGGACCUCGUCAAGUGACCAGUCCCUUAGUCUGUUUGGCACCUGUCUCAGGGACGGCUGAUAUCUUUUACAAACAAAUGCUCUAUCUGACAGCUCGUGGCAUUCGAGUUUUGUCUGUGGAGUCCCCAAUAUAUUGGUCGGUUUCAGAUUGGUGUGAGGGAUUCCGGCGACUGUUGGACCAUUUAGACAUUGAAAGAGUUCAUCUAUUUGGAGCUUCCUUGGGUGGAUUCCUGGCUCAAAAAUUUGCAGAGUCAACGGCUCAGUACUCCCGAGUUGCUUCUAUUAUUCUCUCCAACGCUUUCCUGGAAACAUCCAUCUUUAACUUUAAUGACACCGCAACCCUUUUUUGGAUUCUGCCUGGUCCAGUUUUGAAGAAACUAGUCAUGGGGAACAUUAAGUCCGAAUCCGUCACAGAACUGAGAGUGGCUCAAUCCAUGGAAUUCAUCAUUGAAAGGCUGGACACCUUAAGUCAACAAGAACUGGCGUCAAGGCUGACCUUAAAUUGUGUUAACUGCCAGGUUGACCCAUUUAAAUUGAAAAAUAUGCCCAUGACUAUAAUUGACGUCUUUGACGAAUCUGCACUCUCCAUGCAAGCACGCGCAAGUUUGCGAUCUCAUUAUGGCCACGCCAAAUUGGCACAUUUAAAAACCGGAGGCAAUUUUCCUUAUUUAAGUCGAUCUGACGAUGUGAACAUGCACUUAUUGGUACAUCUUCGCCAGUUCUCCUCAAAUUCAAGGUACAGUGCUCAGAAACCUGCGGAGCAAGAAUCUCAAAACGACCAACCUGAAUCAAAUGCUAAAAAUGAAUUGGCAGAAGAGAUGGGUGUUGGCGAUUCGACAUCCGCCGCAGAAGUUGCAACAGAAGCUAGUUAAGCUUUUCAAGCAGCGCUUUGCAUGUUUACAGGAAGAAGUGAAGUUUUAAAUAUAUUUUUGGCAUUUAAGGAUGUACACAGAUAAUUAAUUUAAUAAUAAAUCUAUCAAAGCUCUCUCUAAUGUA